AAUAAUAAUAAAUCAUAUAUCCAAGUCCUAUACUAAUUCGACAACCCUUUAAAUUAUUCUAUCCUCAAACCCCUUAUAAGUAGAGAUAAAGUCCACCUCCCUCCCACCAAAAAAGCCGGCAUUACCCAAAAAAAAGAACAACAAAUUCAUUAUCCUCAAAAAGAUAACAAAAAACCAGAAGAGAGAGAAAAUCAAACCUUCAUCAAUUCAUCAUCAAUAAUAAUGGCGCAAGUAAGUUCUGGGUUACAAAGAUCAGCAAUUUCAUUCAGACGUCAAGGUUCAUCAGGCCUUGUUUGGGAUGACCGUCUUGUAUCAGGGGAAAUUGCUCGUCCAAAAGAUAGGUCUAAACCCAGAUUUUAUUCACAGGAAUUAGCCCUACCAAACAGGGCACAACAACAAAAACAACAACAGCAACGGUCACGUGACUCACGUGCUCAAGAUGAUAUUAACGUCAAUGUUAAACCGAUUAAGACCGGUCGAUCAAAUAAUCAGAAUGAUGAACCGGCGUCUCCCCGGGUUAAGGGUUGUGGGUGUUGUCCUGCUCUAGGGAGAACUCCUCGGUCUGGGAGAACCGUCCGGUCUAUUAAAUCCCGGCCGAGGUAAUUUCGGUAUUUUCGGGUUUUUUUUUUUACGGUUUUUUUCAUGAGUACCCAUGUCCGUCUUCAAGGUGCGACAUUGAGGAUGAGUAUCAAAAGUCAACGUGGUAUCAAUCUUUUUUUUAUUCUUAUUUUUUUUAGUUUAUUUUUUUUAAGAAUAUAAAAUUAUUUCGUAUGUUUUUCUUUUUGAUAUCUUAUGAUGAAGAGAAAAAGAUUUUUAUUUUUAUUAAAGGUAGUUUGUUGAUUUUUAUUUUUUACGAAUCGACCUUAUAAUUUUGGGUUGCAUGGAUGUAAAUAUUCGGACGUCUAUGGGUUGUGAAUAUUUUCGAGUUUUAUUUGGAUGGUUAAAUUUUAUUUUAUGGAAUUUUUUUUUUCUAA